CCGCACGGCCCUGACGAGGAAGUAGAGAAGUCCAAAGGCGCUGAUGGCGACGAGCACGUACAAAGCUCGCUGGACCAUGGCCGAGUCAACCGAGAAGCCCCUCAUCACUUCCGGUCCUCCGCCGCCGCCGCCGCUGCCGUUUCUCCAGGCGGUGCCGCUCGGUUCCGUCGCCACAACCGCGAGCGUCCGGCACAGCGGAACAAGAAAAACCACAAGAAGCGCAACAAGCGCGUACGCCGCCAUAAAAAAAGGAGCAAAGCAAAGGAAAGACCUCGAAGUCGUUGAAGAACUCGAAGAGAGCGCUCAAGUCUCGUUCGGAACGCGACCAGCCACUUUGUUGACAAAGCACACGUCACGCCGACCAGGAAAUGGAGUGACGCGACGUGAGCGUGGCGUCAUCGCGCCCGUACGUCGGCUGGAAUUGUGUUGACGGGCGCGCCCCUCUGUGGACGCCUGGGGAACUACAGCGGGGAACCGCCUCUCGACUGGGAAUCGAUCCAAGAAGAACACUCAAUGAAAACAAGAACGAGCUCUCAAGCGAGACAAAUGGGAACCGGAAGGAGUUCGCCAAGAGGCGGAAGUGAGCGUUUUGCGGGCUCGGCUGUGAGUGACAGCUCGAGCGUCCAUUGGCGAGAUUUGGAUUGGCCCGAAUGCUGCCGGGGGCGGGGCGGGGAGAUUAUCGCCGCCGCCGCCGCAGCAGCAGCAGCCGCAGCCGCCGCUACAUCACACACAGCGCACCGGACCCCGUCCGAAGAACACGGCUGCGCCAUUUGGACGGUCCGCGCUUGUGUCCGGAGGAACCACCACCACGGAAAAACGGACACCGGUGCGGAGGCAGGUCUGCCGCGACGAGGACGAUGGCACGAACGGAGCCGGCGUCCGACCCGUUGUAGGCCCGAUGGAAGCUGAGCAGGUUCCGAGUUCUGGUAUCGGUGUGGAGUAAAAAAAACAAAAACAAAAAAAAAAGAAAAAGAAAAAAAAGAAAAAGAAAACAGGUCCGUGUCGGUUGUGCGUUUUGAGGCGGGAUUAACAGCAACCCCGCCCGCCUCUCCAUCCCUCUAAUCUGGUUCUGGUUCUGGUUCUGCCCCAUCUGGACUCGGAACCCGCUGCCUGCGCUCAAGAUGCCGACGUCCCGGCCCGGUUCGGAGACGGCGGACUUCUGGGUGGACGGCUCGCGCAGGGACGGCACCGUGGAGGAGUUCUACACGCUCGGCUCCGAAUUGGGCAGAGGCGCGACGUCUGUGGUGUAUCGCUGUGAAGAGAAAGAGAAGAAGAAGUCUUACGCCGUCAAAGUUCUCAAGAAAACGAUCGACAAGAAGAUCGUCCGUACGGAGAUCGGCGUCCUGUUGCGUCUUUCGCACCCGAACAUCAUCCAGCUGAAGGAGAUCUUCGAGACGGACACGGACAUCGCGCUUAUUCUGGAGCUGGUGACGGGAGGAGAGCUCUUUGACAGGAUCGUGGAGCGCGGCUACUACAGCGAGAGAGACGCCGCCCACGUCAUCAAACAAAUCCUGGAAGCCGUGGCGUAUCUACACGAGAACGGCGUCGUGCAUCGUGAUCUGAAACCCGAGAAUUUACUCUACGCCGACCUCUCGCUCGAUGCGCCGCUCAAGAUUGCUGACUUUGGCCUUUCCAAAAUAAUCGACGAUCAGGUGACCAUGAAAACGGUGUGCGGGACGCCGGGUUACUGCGCUCCUGAGAUUCUUCGGGGGAACGCUUACGGACCGGAAGUGGACAUGUGGUCGGUCGGCGUCAUCCUCUACAUCCUGCUGUGCGGGUUCGAGCCCUUCUUCGACGCUCGGGGGGAUCAGUACAUGUACACGCGCAUCCUCAACUGCGACUACGAGUUUGUCUCCCCCUGGUGGGAUGACGUCUCGCUCAACGCCAAGGACUUGGUGAGCAAGCUGAUCGUGUUGGACCCGGGAAAGCGUCUGAGCGUGUGCCAGGCCCUGCAGCACCCGUGGGUGCUGGGCAAGGCGGUGCGCUUCUCACACAUGGACACGGCGCACAGGAAGCUACAAGAGUUUAACGCCAGACGCAAACUCAAGGCGGCCAUGAAGGCGGUGGUGGCGACCAGUCGGAUGCACGAGUCGUCUCGCCGUCGCACCGACAGCUGCGAGAUUCCCGCGUCGGGAACGUCGCGACAGAGCAGCGUGCAGCGGGACCCGCCCCCCGAGACAGCCGACCCCGCCCCUAAAGACAAGGAGGCCGCGUCCUCGGAAAAACAAAGUAGCCCCGCCCCUUCUCCAAAAUCGGAUGCCGCUCCCGCUGCCCCGACCAGGCCACCGUUGCGGGCCGACGCCCAGCGCCAGGGCAAAUCGACGGUGGCCCCGCCCAGGCCGCCCAAAAAGAGCUGCUCGUCGGGCCGACCCGCCGCCAGGGGUCAGGCCACGCCCGCGCCGACCACGCCCCCGAGUCCAGACAGCCUGAGCAACGGCUUCGCGGCGGGGGCGGAGCCUGCCGCUGAGUCCGCCCACUGCCAGUGAGCUCCCAGUGUGCAGAGACGCUAACGUGCUAAUGUGCUAACGGUUGGCAAGGUGAGCUUGUGUGGAAGGUUGUUAGCUUGUAAAUGUUGACAAACAAUAACAAAAUCUUCCUGUAAAUGUUGACAAAUACUCACAAGUGACUUUUACUGACAAGUGCAUGAAACAUAGAAACACUGCACUAGCAUGCGAGCUAAUAUGCUCAUGUCUGAAAUGUCGUCAAGUUGUCAAUCUGUUUACAUUCUUUGUUUUUGAAGUCAUGAGAAGAUGACUUUUUUAACAAAAGAUUUUUUUGCCUGAAAGAUUUUUUGUGUUCUUGUUUGGAAGACUAACACAUUAGCAGUAGCAGUUAGCAAGGUAGUGCGUUAACAAGGAGCCUCGAUGACAACCUUUUUAUGCUCGUUUGUUUGUUUGUGUCGCCUUCGAAACAACGUUGUUUUCAUCGGCGAUGACAAAAUGAUUUUGUCGUCGACGGCGACGAGCCAAACGAGGCUCUUCGGUCACGAGAUCACGACCAGACGUCGACCCGACGAAAAUGUUAGCGGGCGGUCUGUCAGACGUUCAAAAUGCACGCUGUACGAAAGUCUCGUGUUGCUUGGAUUUUUAGGCCGGCGAUGGGGCAGCCGCGGAGGACCCGAGCAUUCGGGGUCCCGCGUGGCUCGUGACCUCCCGGUCGAGCAAGCGAGUCAAGAGAAAGAUCGGUGACUAUGUUGGACAUACGUUGCGCGGAUUUAGAAAGCGACGAACAUAAGGUGUGUUAGUUUUCCUCAAGAGGUCCCGUAUAGCCUAAAUAUUUUGCCCGGACUCUUGGUCCUUGUGAGUUCAGUUGACAUCGCCAUUCCAUGUUUGUAAUAUCUGAUUGCUGGCGAAGUUUGGGCCUCGUGAUAGCUACCUGAAGGCACUAACUAACAUUGCCAUUGGGUGCGCUAUGUUAGCUCGCGACAGGAUUUGUGCCUGUUGCUGUUCCCCAGACGGUGGGCGACCGGUUAGCACAUCCGCCUCACAGUUGUGAGGGUGCGGAUUCCAAUCCGGCCUCGCCUGUGUGGAGUUGGCAUGUUCUCCCGGUGCCUGCGUGGGUUUUCCCCUGGCACUCCGGUUUCCUCCCACAUCCCAAAAACAGGCGUGCUAGGUUGUUUGAAGACUCUAAGUUGCCCGUAGGUGUGAACGUGAGUCUGAAUGCUUGUUUGUUUCUCUCUGACCUGCGAUUGGCUGGCGACCGGUUCAGGGUGUAACCCGCCUCUCGCCUAAAGAUAGCUGGGAUUGGCUCCAGCAUACCCGUGACCCCUCGUGAGGAGAAGCGGUGUAGAAAAUGGAUGGAUGCUGUUCCCCAAACAAAAACCCAAACGAACCCAAACAGUACAGAUAUUUUACAAUUGUGGCCAUUGCUCAGAAAGUAGCCUACAGGGUGGGGGGAGGGGGGGCUGAUCAUGAUAACCACAAGCUGUCGUAUUUUUCUUUUGUUUAUUUAGGCUAUUCUAUUUUCUUAACAUGGUAAUAUUUUCUCAAAAUGAUGACAUUAAAUAUGAAUUAUGAAUUAGCUCAGCGUCAACGUCCUUUCCAGUUCCGGGAAGAUUUCCUGGCUGUCGCUGGGCAACGGGAAUGCUCCAACAAGACGUAAACAGGAAAUCCACAUUUGAGCAAUACUGAAUUCGUUCAAAUUCAUCAUUUCAAAAUAAAACCAAUAACACACUUCCCUCCCACAGACUAAGUCGGGGUGCAUCACUUCCUCUUCCGCCUUUGUCAUUUCAUCAAACACGUUCAUUCGUUGUUUUAGCUUUGCUUGCCUGUAAUGCUAAGCUACGCCAACACAGCAUAGACGCUCGAUCGGGACUCUGAGGGGGCGGAGUCUCGCCAAUCACGUCGACAACUUCCUGUUUACAUUUGGAUGGGCGGAGCUUUGUGUAAAUGGUGUUCUUGUGUUUGUUGUGUUUGCACAUGAUGCAGACAGGAAGUGACAUCAUCAUCAUCAGACCUCAUUAAAGUUUCAUCGCUCCACGUG